AUGGAAGGAAUAUUGAUCAAUUCAAACUUCCCAAUAUACGCCCUCUAUUUGGAUGUAACAAAUGAUCUCGAUACUCUCUUUGUUUAUUCUCCAUUGUUCAAACUUGCAUCAUUGAGCGAAUAUCUUCUUUCCCAUGGAGCAAACUUCAAUGCAAAAUCAGAACGUGGAACAACUGCCUUGUAUUAUGCCGCAAUGAAGAAUAACUGUAUUAUUAUUAAGAAUCUAAUUUCACUUGGAGCAAAUGUCAAUGUAAGAGAAAUUGAGGGAAGAUCGCCACUUCAUUAUGCGGCAUGCGGUAACAGUAAAGACGCAAUUGAAUUAUUGAUUAAUCAAGGAGCAAAUAUUGAAGCUGAAGACAUAUUUAAACUCGCUCCACUUCAUAUUUCUGUGAAAGAAGAUGCAAAGGAAGCUGCAGAAGCUUUGCUUUCUCAUGGAGCAAAUUUUGAAGCUUCAAAAUCAUGUCAAAAAUUUUGUACAAAGUUGAAAAAUUUACUCUGUAAUACAUGUGAAUCAUAUUUUAUCAUUUAUUUAAAAAAACUACACUUUUUUGACCAAAAUAAAAUUUCAAAAUAA